AUGAUCAAGCGAGUGGCAGUCGCUCCAAGCUCUUCAAGCCAGGUAAUGACGGACCCCCGAACCGUUGGUGGCAGGAGCGAUCAGACAGCCAACACUGGAACUCCCAAGGUCACUCAAGUACUGCCAGCGAGUUUUCUGCCGAGGCUCCAUGGCCUCGUCAACACGAAGAAAAGGCGUCUGCGCAGAACCAACCGCUGUAAAGUGUCAUUUUACCGGACGUUUGGUCUUCUUGGACCCCCAAUCCUGUUGAUUCUGGUUCUCUGUCUUACCUGGACAGUGUGGCUCAUUUUCGUGCUACUGGAACCAAAUCAAGCGGCAAACUGGUUCAUGAACACUGGCUCAUACGACAAUGGACAGUUCUGGCUCAUUAUUGACUCGAAUCCGGCGCUGACCAAGGCAGGCGUGGCCGGUUUAGUCGUCGUGAGUUUGGACUAUUUGCUGGUGAUCCUGAAGACGACAGUGUGGCGCGGAAGAAACGUCAUCCCAGCGGUGCUCCAGCGACUAGAAAACCGACUGCUGGAUAGCUGGAAUCUUUCACGUUAUGAAUCCAAGACAUGGACGACGCACAUCGCUCCUAGAUAUGCUCGUAAAACCUGGCAAGAACUCAGCUCUUUUAGUGGCAGGAAACGCAAAGUAUGGCGCUUCGCAAUGUUUGUAGUCAUGAACUCAUUGCCUUGUGCCACCAACAUUCUGAUGGACAGACUUUCGGUAUUGACUGAGAUCCUGAUCGACUCCAUGUACGUGAAUUACGUGUUCAGUUCUGCGAGUGCUAAUUCAACAUCGAUAGCAUUGCUAUUAUCUUUUUUUGUUUUUAUUUCGAGAUUUGACUUUGCAGCGGCUGUCACGUUUCCGAUUAUCACGCUCGUGUACUGCUACUUCAACUUUGACCUCGAUCGCGACGUGUACUUGUCGUAUCUGAAGGUGCUCCCAGCAGGAAGCUUUGAACACAACGCCCGGGCAUGUGCAGACCAAUCGGAAGUUGCUCUUUUUCGAGUGAAUUUCGACAAGCUGCGGUUCAGCUCUCCUCUCCAGCUACAUGUAGUAGUGUGUAUCGCAAUGAAUCUGGCCAUCUGCUAUCGGGUGAACCGAGUAAUAGAAGUGAUCUCGCGGCGUCGGCAUCAAGAUUGGGUAUCGAGAAGUUCUCAACGCAAAUCGAUGCAAGAGUCAGUUCCAGUUCCUGUAUCAAAACCCAUGGCGGUCUUGUUCGCAGCGUUCAGUGUGGCUAUACUGCUGCUAACACGACACCCUGUCGCUACUUCAACGGCAACGAGGCAUGUGGAUGCAAAAAUAUUCAUUAAGGCUCCCAAAACUUAUGAAGAAUGGAUAUAUUCCCCCGAUACUUACAGCAAAUUGAAAACACUGUCAAGAACUGGAAAGCUGGAAUCGAUCCAAGUUAUUAACCGCCAGUUGAUGGAGUUUCCGGAGGAGCUCAGCUUCUGCCGGGGCAAGCAAUGUUACGUCUCUAGCCGAAGUCCAAGCCAGCUUAUGUAUACAGGUAUACAAGCAUUACCCGACUGGAUGCAAGGGUUGACACAACUGGAAAGUCUUCAUAUUGAAGGCAAACGGGGUAGCCUAAAUCUACGCUAUCUUCCCGAGGACCUAUUCAGCAAUAUGCCUAACCUUGUAAUGCUGUAUUUGGGUAAUUACGAGUCCCUUGAACGAAUUCCCCCUCUAUCAGGAGUACCGAAUCUCCAAACCUUAACAUUGGUGUGGAUGCUUCGCCUUCAACAAGUCCCAACAUUUGAAUUCGUCCCGAAUCUUCGGCAUCUCAGGCUCCUCAUUCUGCCGCUGGUGGAGUACAUACCGGACAUGAUCUCGCUUCAACAACAGCUCCGAUUAACUGCUCGUUUGACCCGCAUCUGCUGCAAUGGGUUCCUUGGGGCGUGUACUUUAUCUGUUUGGAAGAUCCAACGGUGGGCAUCCCGCAAGGGGAAUGCCUCCCGCCCCAUACCCCUUCUUACUUAG